AUGGCUGGAUCAGCUACAGCGACGAAGGAUAUGAAUACAGGCCUCUUCUGGGCUCCGUGCGGCUCCGUGGACCCUAAGAAGUUCGAGGUGGACGCGGAGGAGAAGCGAAAGGACUAUCCAGACUCAUUCAACUUUGUCUUUGGAUGCGUGGGGACGGGCGAGACUUACCGCGCGAACCAAAACGAGUUCGUGCACUGGCAGAUCGUGCCGCGCGUGCUCCGUCGUAUCACCCAUCGCGACCUCAGUGUACGUCACUUUCUCGUGCCCGGUUCCUGCGAUGUCCCCCUUCCCAACACGAGAUUCUGCCCACGAAAUAGAUAUCGCUCUUCGGCGUCAUCUAUGCCACACCCCUGCUCCUCCUCCACCCCUCGCUGGUUCCAGCUCUACUGGCCGCUCAAUGAAGACACCGCGCUCUUCCUCCUGUCCCUCGCGAAACAUUCGGAGUACAGCACGCUCGUCGUUACCGUCGAUACCAUGGUCAUCAGAUGGCGCUACCUCGACCUCGACUCCGGCUUCCUCCCCUUUGCCCACGGACCCAGGAUCCAGAUUGCGCUCUCGGCGCACACCAACAAGAGCGACAUUUCAGCGCUCCUGUACAACCCCGCCGAGAUCGACAAGCUCAUCGCGUCUGGCGAUGCGCGUAUCAAGGAGGUUAUGCGGCUUGCGGCAGCAUGGAGGUGUGAGGCGGUGAACGGGACGUUCAGUACUUGGCAGGACGACGCGGAGAUCGCGAUCGACGAUGGCGUCGACGGCAUCGUCGUCUCGACCACGGCGGUCGCCAGAUCGCCCAAGUCUGCCCAGGCGUCGAACAGGUUCGCCGUCCUCGUCGACGGCGGCAUCCGCUCCGGCGCGGAUAUGCUCCGCGCGCUCGCCCUGGGCGCACGGGCAGUCUUGCUCGGUCGGGCGUAUGCGUGCGGGCUCGCGAUCACCAGGCAGGAGCGCGUCGAGGCGGUGACGAAGAACAUCGCCGAGUUCGAGCACUCGCUCGAGCGUGCGCGGCAUCAGGCCGUCGCGAAUACAUGCGGCGCGGCGUGA